AUGGAAAACAUUUCAGAGCUCACCGAAUUCAUUUUUGUGGGACUAACAGAUGCCCCAUAUAUGCAGGUCCCUUUAUUUGUCAUCUUUACCCUCAUUUACUUUAUCACUCUGCUUGGGAACCUGGGCAUGAUGGUAUUGAUCCUGCUGGACUCCCGACUCCACACACCCAUGUACUAUUUCCUCAGUAACCUCUCCCUGGUGGACUGUGUUUAUGCCUCAGCUGUCACUCCCAAGGUGAUGGUGGGGUUCCUCACAGGAGAUAAGAUUAUCUCUUACAAUUCAUGUGCCGCCCAGAUGUUCUUCUUUGCAGCCUUUGCCACUAUUGAAAGUUUCCUCCUGGCGUCCAUGGCCUUUGACCGCCAUGCAGCUGUGUGCAAACCCCUACAUUAUACCACCACCAUGACAAGUACAUUGUGUGCCUCGCUGGUCACUGGCUGCUACAUCUGUGGACUCUUGCAGUCUUCCAUCCAUGUGGCCUUCACUUUCCACCUCUCCUUCUGUCAUUCCAAUGUUAUCAAUCACUUCUUCUGUGACAUUCCCCCACUCCUGGCUCUCUCUUGCUCUGACAUCUAUACAAAUGAGAUUGUACUCCUCACAUUGGCAUCUUUCAAUGUCAUAAUCACUCUCUUUGUUAUUUUGAACUCUUACCUCUUGAUUUUUAUUGCCAUCCUAAGGAUGCACUCAGCAGAGGGACGGAAGAAAGCCUUCUCUACCUGUGCCUCCCAUCUAACCACUGUCUCCAUCUUCUAUGGGACAAUCAUCUUCAUGUACUUACAGCCCAGCUCCAGCCAUUCCAUGGACACAGACAAAAUGGCAUCCAUGUUCUACACCAUGGUCAUCCCCAUGCUGAACCCCAUUGUUUACAGCCUGAGGAACAAGGAGGUCAAGAAUGCCUUCAAGAAAGUGAUUGAAAAAGCAAAGUCUUCUUUGGGCUCAUGCUACUAA